UGGUGUUGGGCUCUCAGUCGCUAAAGUUCGCUGCAUCGAGUCACAACUAACCAAGGGUUCAAAAUUUCAGGUCAGAGACAUUUUUCGUCUCUGUCUCUAUUUCUAUCUCUCUCUCUCUUUCUCUCUCAUUCUUUCUAUCUCUCCUAUAAUAUCGCUUUCGAUCCUCACCCGUGGUUCUCUUGCACGCAGCAGCAAGAUAAAAAAAAAAAUAAUUUCUUUUAUAAUAAAACAAAAAAGAAAAAGUAUAUAGGUGAUUUUUCGCGCGCCAAGGAGGCUGUGUGACAAAAAAAGAAAAAUUUUUUUUUUUCUAAACUGUGGCGCGAUGAGCGUCGGCCACAGUUGAAAACCAUACCGUACGGUUUCCGUCGGAACGGGGUUGGGUCCCUAGUGACAAGUGGUGAUGUGAGUGUUUUUUCUCGCGAGUUUUUUUUUGUGUGUCACACCUUAUUUUCUCAUAAGAAGGAAAAUUUUCUCUUUUUUUUUUGGAGAAAAACUACCAGUGACUGUGUGAAAAUACGCUCCUGAAAAAUCCUGAUUACGUAUACACAAACUACCUGCGGAGAGACGAGAAAAAUCCCAUCGACAACAAGAUGACACGUCCGUGGUUUUGGCUGAUGCCUAAAUGGUGGCUCUGAGGGGUCCCUAAGGAAGCAUGAGGGAACGAACACCCUCUGCCGAUGACACCCCAAAGAGGGCCCCACCAGCGCCACCUAGAGAAGCAGACGUUGCAGGCAACAAAGCGACAAAAGGAGGAGCAACUGAAUUCUAUUUAGGAAUUUCCUCAACGGCCAAUUGCAAAAAAAUGGUUGCAUCAACAAAUAAUUUAGAAGAUCAUGCUGUCAAUCAUGCAGCUAGUGUAAGCACUGAAAUUCGUCAGCAACAACAACAACAAACUCACGCUUGUAGAUCAGUUCCAACAGCGCAGGAUAAACGCAGUAGACUCAGUAAUGUGAUAAAUAAUCUCAGAAAAAAAGUACCUGAGACUAAAUGUGAAUUAUCCACAAAUAAAGAAGACGAUAGAAAUAGUGUUGAAAGAAAUUUGGAAACACUUGAAAAAUAUGUAAUGACUGUAUUAAAUGGCGUCAUUGAAGAGGAAAAGGAACGUGAAUCAAGUCAUGAAAAAUUUACAGUUACAACAAUAUUGAAUGAUAAUUCAAAAAAUGAGGAAGAUUCUUUAAAAAAAGAAGAUAAUUCCAAAGACUGUGAAAAUAGACUUGAAUCAUUUGUACCUGUUAGUAAUGAAGGGAAAAAAGACAAUCUUAUUCAAAAAUUAUGUUCAAAUGAAGAAAAUUUAAUUGAUGAUGAAAAAAAGUUUAAUAAUGAAGAACAUCGAACACUUGGAGGAAUAAUUAUGGAUAGAUUGUCUGAACAUCAAGAUUUGGUACAAAUAGAAGAAAAAGAUUUAAAUAAAACAUGCAAGGAACUUUUGGAUGAUCUUUUAAAUGAUGUUUUACAAAUGGUUCAUCAUGAUGGUGCCAAAGAUUCAUUAAAAAUGGAAAACAAUGAAAAAGAUCAAAAAUCCGAAAAUUUACCCACAAGUCUUCAUUGUAGUUUACCAUUGGAAAAAGUUGCCUCUGUACUUCAGACAUGUCAAACACAAGAAAUUUCACCAUCUUCUCAAAUUCCGAUAAAAACAUCAACUAAACCACCAUCACCCACUGUUCGACAUCUUUGUCUUUAUUGUGAUCGUAAAUUCUCUUCAAUUUCAUUAAGACAAAGGCACACCGAAAGAGUUCAUCAAUUUAAAGGUGGAAGACGAUCUGAACGUAACAAUAGAAAACCAUCUCUAAAUUGUCAAUAUUGCUCUGACAAAAGUGUUGACAAUUUAGAUAAUUUAUUUCAACAUAUGAUUGGAAAUCACAAUGAUAAAUAUCACGCUUGUCUUCAAUGUAUCACUAGAUAUCUAUCAAAAGAGGCUCUCACCAAUCACAUGAACGAGAUUCAUAAUUUGGAUAGAACAAGUUCAACACAAGAAAGCGUUAAAGAAACAUCAAAGGAAUUGGUUUUAUCACCUCGGGAAAAAAUUGAAACAAAAGAAAAGAAAAUUGAAGAGAAAUCUGAUUUUCAUGAAAAUAAUUCAACAAUAGUCAACAAUAUUCCAUUAAACAAAGAACUAUUAAGUAAUCCAGCUAGUCCCGAAUUUGACAGUUCAUUUUACAGUAGCGUGAGUUGUAAUAUUCGUGAUAAUCUUCUACAUCAUUUAGAUGGAAAACUACAAAAAAAUUCCACUUCCUCUUCAAAUUCUUCCACAUUAGAUGUAAAAUCCCCAACGACAACAACAUUAUAUGAACCAAAUCAAGUUCAAUUUCCCAUUGAUAUUUCCCUCACGGCCGUGACGCCAGUCUAUAAUAAAGAUUAUUCAAAGGAAAAAUUGGAAAACUCAAGUGAAUAUGCACAAAAGCCGAGAAAAAAUUUUAAAUCACAUCCACGUCGUGUGUCAUUUGAAAAAUAUAAUUUUCCCCGUAAAUACGAUGGUAAAGAACAAUGGAAAUGUUCAAUAAAAGAUUUAAGUAAAUUUGAUAUUUCCACACAGUUGUCUCUUCGUAAGAAACAGCAGCUAAUCAAAGAACGUGAUAAUUUAAAUAGGUUGAAUCAAAUAACAAAUUUUUCAAAUACAAAGUCAGAUAUUAUUCCAACAGAUAUUGAGUCAAAUUCAAGUUCUAGUCGUAUUGAUAAAAAUUCCGAUGAUGAUAAUACCAAAGUAGAAGAUUCUUUUGAAAAUAAUCAACAUAUUAAAAAAACAACAGAAAUUGAAUUAACAGCCGAUAGUACAAUUGAAUUUGCCCAUUAUCUAAGGCUUAAAAAAUUGGAUGAAUCUGGCGAUAAUAAUGGAAAUGGAAAUAAUAUUCAUUACGCUGAACUCACUGGCGAAUGGUCCAGACCAAGAAUUUAUAUAUGUAGAGCCUGCGGUGCAAAAUAUGAAACACUAAAGGAAAUGGAAGACCACAAAAUAGCAACGCAUCCAAAUGUGUGGUGUUCUCAUUAUGAAUUUGCUGGUGAUCAAUUGGAACUUUAUAAACAUCUCAUUCUACCAGAAAAAAAUCAAACAACCACAAAAUCUAACACAGUGUCAUUGGAAAAAACUUGUACCAAGUGCUCGAAAAAUUGUACCACUUUAGCUGAAUUUCAUAAACAUAUGUUGGAAUGUGGUGGUGAUCAAACAUGGCUCCUGGGACUCUUUGGUAAUGGAAAGAAAAAAUGUAAAUGGCGACCAUUUGGCAGUCGUAGUAGAAGACGUCGUAAUCGUGGAAUGAAAAGAAAUAUUCAAAAUUCACAAACUCCAAGGGUCUACAUUCCAAAGGAGAAACAACCAUCAGGACCUCGUGUUCGACCAAGUGAUCACGAAAGUAUUCAAAAAAUGCUUGCCAAUCUACCACCAAAACGAGCAACUCGAAAAGUCUUACAGGAAAGUGCUGCACGUUCUCAGGGUCGAUUGCGAAAUGUUCAAACAAAAGCGAGAUCAAACCUAGUCGAUAAUUCUUCAACUCGUCUUUCACGCAAUAAGGCAGCUCUACGUAACAAAUUAUUGAAAAAUGCAAAAUCCUUUCAACGAAAACGAUGUCGAAAUGAUAAUAUUUCAGCAGCGAUUGAAACAGUUGUUAAUAAUUACAAUGCAGAAAAACAUUCGGAUGAGAAGAUGAACAAAAAUAUCGAAUCACAAGAAACAAAUAAAAGUGAUGCAACAAAAAAUGAAUCCAACACUCGUUCAACAAAAGUUAUAAAAAAUAUCAAAGUCAUCAGCAAGAAGAAAAAUAUUAAAUCAAAACAAGCACUAAUCCGACGUGUUCAACAAUCAAAAAUUCGUGGGAUCAAGUCAAAAAAUACAGGAGAAAAAAUAAUUGACUCAAAAUUAGAUGGAGUAGUUCAAGUUUCAAUUAGACGAUCUUCUAAGGAUGAAAUUAAUAAAAUCGAUAAUGAUAAAUCAGAAACUGAAACUUUAUCAACUAGAAAAAAGAAAACAUCAAAUCCAGUUGUAUCUUUAAAUGCAUCGAUAAAAGCAAAAGCACAAUUAAGAACAAUUGAUGGUAAAUUUGCUCGAGGUUCUGUAAAAAAUUCCAAAACCAAUCAAUCUUCCAAUGAAUCGCAAAUAAAGAAAAAAAUUUCCAUCACUGCUGGUCGUUUUCUUCGAUCAAAACUCAAAGUCGCUCAAAAUUUAAUGAAAGACGCUGUAAAAACAUCAAGAAGAAAUUCAAGAUUAUCAACUGAUAAAAUCAUUACCACCGAAGUUGAAUCAAUUAAUGAAGAAACAACAAAAAAAGUGUCGAAUGAUUCAACAAAAAUUUUACGCACUUCUUCGAGAAAUUCAUCAAUAAAUAGAAAAGAAAUAAAUAAUGAAAAAUGUAUUGGUGUCAAAAAUAAAUUGGAAGAGGGAAAAGGAAAAAGACUGAAUAAAAUUGCAAAAAAAGCAAAUGAAUUGAAAGAAGAAAAUAUUGAACAACCAGAAAAUACAACACGAGGACGACCACGAAAAAGUUUACCUGGUAAAAUUACUGAAACUAAAAAUAUUACUCUAAGAAGACACAGUAGUACAAGUAUCAAGGUGAAUAAAGAAGAAAAUAUAAAUAGCGAGACAAAAAAUGAAGAUUUAGAAAAUAAGAAACAAAAACAAGAACAACUUUCACCUGAAAAUUCGCUAAAAAAUUUAAAAAAGAAUAUAAAAUCGAAAAAUUUUAAUAAAAAGACAAAAAUUACUUCUGAAAAAGAAAAAACUAUUUCUUCUCCUCCAGUUGUUGGAAAAAAAGAAAAAACUAACGCUAUGAGAAAAUCGCCAAGAAACGCCGAAAAAAAUAAUACAUCAAUUAAUAAAGAAUCCGAUAAAAUCGAAGUUGAUAACGAAAGUCCAAAAUUAACGGAAAUUUCAAAAAGUGAAACUGAAUCAACAACGGAAAAAGUAGAAAAAGAAAAAGAAGAAGAAGUUACAUGCGAAAUUAAAACAACUGAAAUAAAAGAAGAUGAAGUAAAAAAUAAAGAAAUCACAACUGAUGAAAUAAUUUCAAAAGUUCCUGAAACAUCAGACUUAAUUAAUUUUAGCCUCGAUCACAUUCAUCAAGAAUCAUGUAAUUCAAAUAUGGAUAGUGGCAAGGAAAAUUCAUUAGAAAUAUCGUUAAAUGUCGCUAAAUUAAAAGUAACACGCCAAAAGAAAACGAGAAAUUCACGAAAAGAAAGAACAUCAAAGAGAUCAUUAAACAAUGUAAUUGGAAUAUUAACUGAAGGUGUUAAUAUUCCAAUUGAAGCACAAGAAAGUGUUGUUCUAACUUUACAAACAUCACUCGAAGUCAAUAAUACUGAUAAUUCAUUUAAUAACGAUUCUGCUCGCUCUGAAAAUAAUCUCACAAAUGAUAAACCAUUGGAAAUUGCAAAUAAUUUAGAUUCAAGUAUUCAAAAUAAUUCAACAUCUAUGGAAAUAAAAGAAUCUAAAACAAAUGAAAAGAAAGAAGAAGAAGAACAACAACAACCAAAAGUUGAUGAAACUUCACCAACAACUGACAUUAUUUUAGAUCUUUCAAGGAGAAAACCAAAAGGUAAAGGAUCAUUUUUAGAAAGAAUUGUUUCUAAAAUUGCAAAAAAGAAAGAUGUUUUAUUAGAAAGUGAUGCUGGAUUUUCACUAGGAAAUGUAAAUUCAGAUUUAAAAAAUGUUUUAAACAACAUUGCUCCAAUUUUAUCGGAAAAUAUUUCUGAAAGUUCAGAAAAGAAAAAUGAAUCAAAUCCCGAAUGUCAGUCUGAAAAUGAAAAUAUAAACAUCAAUUUGAAUAAUUCUAUCGAUGAUGAUAAAAAAGAGGAAAAAUCAACACGAAAAUCAAAAAAGAGAUCAUUGGAAAUAAAUUCACCGAAGAAAAAUAAACGAAAAAUCACAACUCAAGUGCCAGAAGAAGAAAUUGAAGUGGAAAAAGAACUUAGUUUUGGAGAUAUCAUGUCCCUUGUUCACAAAUCUGAAGUUCCUGUUGAAGACAUUCCCGAAGAGCCAAUGAUUCCUGCAGAGGAUAAAACUAAUAAAAAUACAGAAGAUAGUAAAGAUAAUGAAAACCAUAAUGAAGUUUCAAAACAAAAUACAGAAUCUCCAAAGAAAUCAAAACGAAAACGAAAUUCUGAAAAUCAAGACGAAAUAAAUAAUUCUGAUUUGAAAAAAAUUGUUGAACCUCAAAAAAUAACACGCAAAUCAACACGAAAUUCACAAAAACAAGAUGAAGAAAUUCAAAAUGACGAAAUAGAUAAACUCUCCAAAAAUGGAACAAGAAAAUUAAACUCAACAAAUGAUUUAAAUUUAAAAAAUCAAUUUUCUGAAGAAAGUGAUGAUUCCGAAUGUGUUGAAACUAUGAAAAAGAAACAAUCCGAUAAAGAAAUUGACAAAGACACUGAUUCUGAAAUGUUCAAAGUGCCGAAUACUUUUACAAGUAAACGAUCAUCAAAACGAAAAUCUCUUCUCUUAAAUGAAACUUUAAAUAAUUCCGAUGAUUUAUUAUCCGAAGAUUCCAGUACCAGUGAAUCAACAUGUGAAGAAUCGCCAACUAAAUCAAUAAAAAGAAAAUAUUCUAAACGUAAACAAACAAUUGACACUCCAUCAGAAUCAGAAGACGAUAUGUCCACAGAUUCAUCUCUAACGAAAGAAAAUGAAAUUGAUGAAAGUCACAUUGGAAAACGUCAGAAAUUAGGAAGAAAAGCCAAACAAAAUAUUUCUUUAGUUGAUGAACAUAUUUUACUUCCCGAUGAUGAAACAUUAAUAAAUGACGAUGAAUCUUCAAAAGAAGAAGAGGCAAAUUUCACAGAAAAGAAACGACCAGGAAGAAAACCGAAAAAUCAAAAUUUAAUUCAACCUUCAAUUGAAACUUCUAAAAUAACAGGCGAUCAAAUAAUUUCAGAAAUUAUUCCAACUAUUCAAGUGGAGAAAAAGCGACCUGGUCGUAAACCGAAAAAAAUUCUCAAAGAGAGUAUUCAAUCGGAAAAAAUAAUUGAAGUAAAUAAUGAUAAAAAUGAGAUUUUCGAAAAACCCGAAGAGAAAUCAAGUGAAGAAAUAGAAACAUCUUUCGAGAAGACAGAAAUGCUCCAAAUUUCAGAAAGAAAACGUCCUGGAAGAAAACCUAAAAAAAAUCUUCUUGAUGAAAAUCCUCAACUUUCAAAUGAUGAAAUUCCAAUGCAAAUUGAAAUCCCAGAAGAAAAUGAAUUACUAAAAAUCGAAGAGAAAAAACGACCAGGAAGGAAACUUAAAAAAGAAAGCAAUAAUUCAUCGAUAACUGAUAUUUCAAAUAUUUCGGAGGAAAAAAAAAUUAACGACGAUAUAUUAAUCGAUCAAGAAGUAAAAUCUGAUUUGGAAACAAAAGAUGAUUCAAAAUUAACAGACAACAUAGAAGUUGAAAUAAAUUCUUCAAUUCCAGAAGAAUCAUUAGAAAAUCAAAUAGAAAAGAAACGACCUGGAAGAAAAGCAAAGAAAAUUGUAUCAGAAGAUGAAACUUCAUUGUUAAUUCGACAAAAUGAAACUACUAAAAAUGUAAAUGAAGAAAUAAAUGAGCAAUUAAAUAUUUCUAAAGAAUCGACAAUUGUACAAAUUGAUGAAACUAAAUUAGAAAAGAAAAAACCGGGAAGAAAGUCGAAAAAAGAUAUUUCCUUGUCUGAAGAUGAUCAAGAAUCCUCGACAAUAAUUAACAAUAAAAAUCAAGAAACGGAACAAUUAGAAAAAGAAGAUAAAUCAUUGGAUUCUAAUUUAGCAAAAUCAAUUGAAAAGAAACGACCAGGAAGAAAACCAAAAUUAAAAAUUCCAAUAGACGAUAUUUCUAUGGAUACAUCAUCAUCUUCAGAAGUCGUAGAAAAAAUAAAUGAUCAAAUUACAGAAAAAAUGGAUAAUUCCGAAAUUAUCGAUCAAAUUAAUUUUGACAAGAAACGUCCAAAACGAAAGUCAAAAAUUAUUCCUACAGAAGAAUUAAAUUCAAAGGACGAUUCAGUAAUUAUUAAAGACGACACAUUAGUUUCAAAUUCAUCAAUUCAUCAAGAGGAAAAGAAAAUUAACAUAGAAAUUAAUAAUUCUAAAGAAGAUCACGAAUUUGAAUCAACUGAAAGAAAAAAACUCGAACGUAAAGCAAAGAAAAAUAUCUCCUUAAUCGAUGAGCAUCUUAAUCUUUCUGAUGAUGUAUUUCCAGAAAUAGAAAAAGAAAUAAAUCCAAUAAAUUUCAUUGAAACAGAAAAAGUCGAAACAAAAAUCAUCGAAAAUGAUGUUCCAUUAGAAAGAAAACGUCCUGGAAGAAAAUCGAAGAAAAAUAUAUCCCUAAUUGAUGAACAUCUUGAUCUUUCCGAUGAUUUACCGCUACAAAAUGAAGAUCAAAAUUUAAAUAUUAAUCCAAUAGAAAUAAAUACAAAUGAAGAAUUGAAAAAAUUGGAACCUAUUGUUUCUUUAGAGAAAAAACGUCCGGGAAGAAAGCCAAAGAAAACAGUCACUGAACUUAAUUCUGAACAAAAUAAUUUAAUUUCCACAGAUGUUGAUCAAGUAUUAGAAGAAAAGGAAGAGAUUUCAAAAUCAAUUAUUGAAAAUGAAGAAAAAGAAAAGAAGAAACCAGGAAGAAAAUCUAAAAAAUCUUCUCUCCCUGAGGAUACUAUUACAAAUGAUAAAAUUGAAUUACAAGAAAAUAAAAUUGAAAAUCCACUUGAUAAUACUUCUCAACAAGAUGAAUUCACAGAAAGAAAACGUCCAGGACGUAAAUCGAAAAAAUACAUCUCUCUUUGUGAAGAACAUCUUGCUCUACCUGAUGAUGAAGAAAUUGAUCUUUCAGAAAUUUGUAAAAUUGAUGAAAUUAUUUCUGAUAAAGAACAAAAUGUGACAGAAGAAAAAAUAGAAAAUACAACAGAUCAAUCUGUGGAAAGAAAACAUUUUGGAAGAAAAGCUAAAAAAACUAUUUCUCUAAUUGAUGAACAUCUGGAAUUACCAAGCGAUAAUCCUAUUAAUAAUUCAACGAUCGAUUCUAUGAAUGAUACAAACGAAAUCACAGAAGAAAUAUUGGAUGAAUCGAAAAAUGAAUCCUUGGACAAAAAACGAAAUGCAUCUUCGGAUAGAAAACAAAAAACACCUAAAAAGAAAUUAUCUAAUCUUUUUUAUGAUGAGUCAAUUCACCAAAAGGACGAUUCUAAUGAAGUAAAGGAAAAUAAAAAUGAAAUAAUAAACAGCAAACUUGAAGUUAUUUCUUCAACAUUAGACAACAUUACAUCUAUUUUAGAAAAAGAAGUUUGUCAAAAAACAUCAACAAAUGAAGUUUUACAAUUUUCAUCAGAAAUCCCAAAAGAAAACGAUAAAAUCGAAAUAACGGAACAAAAUAUUUUCGAAAAAGAAUUAUCAAAUUCCAAAGAACAGGAAAUAUCUCUUGAACCAAAUUCUAAUCAAGAUCCACAAGAAUCAAAAGAAGCAACCGAUGAUUUUCAAACACCAAAAAAACGUCCUAUUGGAAAUUUUGCUGUAGUUCAUACAAAAACAGGUGAAAUUUUAAUUGUCGAGAAAAAGAAAAAAUUAACAAAAGAAGCUGCUAAAUUUUUCUGUGAUAUUUGUGCAACAAGUUUUACUCGUAGAAGUUCAUUAAAGAAACACAAUCUUUCUCAAUCGCAUCUCAUUCAAAUUCAACAUUCAGACAAGGAUCAAGAUAAAGAAAUUUCAUCUGUUAUUGAAGAGAAAAAUCUUGAUAAUCUUGAAAAAACAGAAAAAAUGGAUUUACAAAAUGAAAAUCCUGCCGAUAAUUUGGAUGUUUUAAAUCAACUUCUCGAUCAACAUUUUAAAGAAAAAGAUUCACAGGAAAAACAACAGCAACCACAAAUUCCAAUAAUAAUUCCAUUUGUUGAAAAACCAUUGCCAAUAGAACAGGAACAAGAAAAUAUGGACGAUGAUUUACUUGAUGAGGAGAUUUGCAAAAUUACCGAAAAUAUGACACACGAUGAAUAUGUAUUGACUGAUCAUAUUAGUCCCGUAUUUCCCGAGGCAGCUUCCACGCCAAUUAAAAAUUUAUCAUCAAAAAUAGAAUCCAGUGAAACAAAAGAGAAAAUUACUAAAAAAGAGAAAAAGAAAAGAAAUUUAGCUGAAGAACAUUUAGAUCUUGACACUCCUGAUCCAAUUUUAGAUGUCGAUUCACAAAGUUCUAUGGAAAAAUCAUCAAUAAAUGAAAAUUCAAAUUUAAUUCCUGACAAUUCUACAACUGAAAUUUUGAUAUCAAAAAUAUUAGAAAUUCCAAAUAAAACCAAUGAAACUGAAAAUAUUUUAGUUACACCUAAAGAAAAACGAAAACGUAAAGAAAAUUCUUCACACGAUGAAGAAAGUUUAGAAAGUGAAUCAUCAAUGAAACGUGGAUCAUUAAGAUCGACAAAAAAUCAAGAAAAAGAAAUUUCCCGACCAAAGAGAAAUCAAAAUAAACAAAAUUAUAAAGAAUACGAAUGUUAUGAUUUUGAUCAAGACGAUUUAGAAAUUGAAAUUUCAACAACAAAACGAGAAACUUUAAAAUCAAGAAAAAAUACUUCAACUCUAAAUUUAUCAAAAUCAAAAAAAAAUCAAGAUCUCACUGAAAAAUUAGAAAAAAAACAAGAUAAUAAAAAUACAAAUUUUUCCAUAGAUUCAUUAACACAAAAUUGUGAAAUUGAAACAAUUUCACCAGAAAUAAAUUCAAAAAUUCAAAAUUCAAACUCUAAAACUGAAUCAUUAUUUGACGAAGAGGAAAGUACGAAAUUAAAUUUUUUGAAUCUUACCGAAACAUUAAAAGUUCAAACUGAUCAAAUAAAUUGCAAUACAAAUAAUUCAAUAAAUACCGAAUUUGACAGUGACGAUAAUUCAUUAAAUACAGACAUGUCCGUGGAUAUACAAAAAUUACUCGAUGAUCCUGAAUUGAGUAUGGAUAACAAUAGUCUUCAACCUUAUAUACAAACUGAAUUUACUAAUAAUAUUUCACAAAAAGUUAUUGAAUUGAAUUCAGAACAAGAAAGUUUACCAUUGAUUAUUAAUAUUGAGAAUAAAAUUCAAAAUAAAUCACCAAAUGAUAAAAUUGAAAAUAAUCAGAAUGAAAAAAUUGAAGAAAGCAAAAUUGAAAGUGAAAAAAAUAAAAUUGAGGAAAAAGAAUCGAAAAUUGAAAAUGAAAACAAAAAGGAAGAAGAAGAAGAGACAAUUUCAAAAUCAGAAAAAACUACCCCAAAGGGACAAAAAGGGAAAUCAAAACAAAAGAAAGGAUCAAUUAAAAAUAAGAAAUCAAAUUUAAAUCACAAUGAAUUUAGUGAUAAUGAAGAUGCAUUAGAAUCACAAAGUAAAAAUAAAAUUGUUCGCAGUGUAUUUGGAAGAGUUUUUGCUGGUGAAAAAGUCGAUAAAGUUAGAGAGGUCCUUGACGAUUGGAAUUCAAAAUCAGAAAGUUCCGACAAUGAAUUAAAUCGUUCCAAAGAUGUUGAUUCACCAAAAUCAAGAAGAGAAUCAAAAAAGAAAGAAUCUAAUAAAAAAAAUUCAAAACAUCGAUCAAGAACAUCGUCAACAUCAACAAGUACAAGUGGAAAAUCAUCACAAAAAAGAAAAAAUGAAAAUGAACAGGAAACAUUUACUAGUAAAAAACAAAAUUCACGAAAUUCUUCUCAAGAUGAUAUUCAAUUGAAAACAAAUAGAGUUGAAAAUUCUUUAGGUACAUCAGAAUUAUUAAUAACAAGUUCAAGAUGUAGACAAAGUAAAAAGAAAGCUGAAGAACGUAUUUCAACAAUUUCCAAAGCAUUCGAAGAUGAAUCAUCAAUACCCGAUGAUGAUCUUAUAAUUAAGAGUCAAAAAUUAUCAAAAAAUAAAGAAACUUCCAAUGAAUAUAAAAAUCAAAUGAAAAAUAUUUCCGAAAAUAAUUUUUACUCAGACUAUAAAGAAGAAGAGGAAAUUCCGAAAAAGAUGAAAAAAACAAAUGAUGAAGAAAUUGACAACAAAUCUGAAUAUUUGAAAAAAAAUGAAGAAUUUAAUUUGCAGGAGUCAUCAAGUCAAAAUAUUGAACAAUUAAAUCCAAAGAGUCCAUCAAAUAUUUCACAAUUAACGCAAAAUUCAGAAGAUGAUGAUGAAGAUGAACUUGAAGAUGUUCUUUUAAGAAGACGAAUGUCACCAUUUUUCGAUUAUAAUAAUUCCUAUACAUCAUUGGGAAGCAGUACAAAUGAUGAAUCAAGUGAUGAGGAACAAAAAAAUUAUCAAGAAAAAGAAGAAGAAGAAGAAGAAGAAGAAGAAAAAAAUCCCUUACGUAGAAAAAGUUGUUCAAGUGAAUUUUCAGGUGAGAAAAUUGUUAUUCGUUCACCAAUUGCAAAUCACGAGAUGAGAGCCGAAGUUGUAACAAUAGCGCCAACAGAUGCUAUUGAAGAUAAUGCUCUCGAUGUACCACAGGAAAUUAUUUCAGCAACUGCCGCUGUAACACAACAUAAAUCACGACAAGGAAAAGUUUUGAAUUUUGAUGAAGAAUUAUUUGUUGAAUGUUGUUCAAGAUUAAAAGCAACAACUGAAAAAGAAUUACGAGGUGCUAAAAAAAUAAAACUCGAUCAUACUGAAAAUUAUCGCAAAGAAAUUCCCAUACAAUUUUUUGCCCCCUCUAAAGAUCGUUGGAGAGACGCUGAGAGUCAAAAUAGUUUGGGCAGUCUUCUCGAAUCAGUUAAUCAGCUAUUGGGUGAGGAAAUGUAUGGCAACAAUGAUAAGGAUAAUCGCGGUCACGAUAAACAAAGUGAACGUUCAAGUAGAUCAGCAAGUCCAGAUGCAUCUCGUCCUGAUAAUCUUGGCUAUGAGGAUAGUUUAGACGUUGCUUUUGAGCACAAUAACAAACUUCGGGAUAAGAUACAGCAACGUAUGAGAGAAAGUGAAAAUCUUAUCUCAAAUGCUUUUGGUCAAAAGAGUAAUAACAGUGGGGAUUAUCAAAUCAAUCAAUUUAUACCAAGAGAAAAUCGCGAGGAAAUUGAAUAUAAUUAUGAACGAAUGCAAAAUCAAUUUAAUUCACCAAAUUUAAAUACAAAUGGAAUUUAUAACAAUCAAUCUCUUCACGGUGGUCUUUUGGAUAAAGCACUAUCCAAUUUAUUACACAAUAACGAUAAACACGAUCAUAAUGGAUCAACACCAAUGACAGUUUUAGCAGAACUUGCCUGUGCACGAGCUCCAUCGUCAACACAAGAUUCCAUGAAAUUCACAUCAGAAAAGAAAGAAUCAAUUGCAAAUAUAACAAAUUUCAAAGAUUUUACAAUUAACAAAAAAAGUAAAAAUCCAAUAAAAGAACUUUUUGAGCGUAAAAAAGAACUCUACGAAAGAAAACAAAUUGAAAAAGCCAAUGUUAUUACAAAAACAAAUUUACAAAAGGGAAAAAAAUCAAAAAAAUCGAAAAAACGCCAAGAAUUUCCAUUAAUUCGCAACGAUCAAUACGAUGGAUUAGCUGAAAAGAAAAAACGACGCGAUAUUUUUGAAAAGAAAGACGAUUUAAAUUCAUCAAAAACAAAAGAUGUCUAUGAUUUUGAAGAUGAAGAAAGUCAAAUGGAAUCUGGUUUUAGUUCAGUUUUAUCCUAUAGAAAAACAGAAACAAAUUUCAAAGAUUUAAAUAGUUUAAUAUCAAAAUCAUCAAGUUUAGAAAAUGAUAGUAAUUUUAGUAAACGUUUGGAAUCAAUAAUUGAUAAUAAAUUGAAAAAUAGUGAAAAAUUUGCACCAAAAACAAAAGGUGCACUAAAAGCAUUUCAAAGUGAAGAUAAAUUAAUCACCGGUCCAAUGGAUGAUUUUGUUGAGAGAAAGAAAAAUUCUAAACGUUCAAUAGAACAAAUAAAUAAACAUUCGAAACAAAAAAAGAAAAAUAAACAAACAAAAAGAAAAUCAAGAAAUGCAUGGUAUGAAAAUGAUAGUUCUGAUGAAUUUAUAACAGCGGCAAAAACUGAAGAUGUAGGCGUUGGAAUUUCCAAAAGUCAACGUACAUGUUCAAAAGGCAAACAAAAUCUUUUUGCUGAAUUAUCAACAUCAUCGGAAAGUGAAUCAAUUCAAAAUGAUAAUGACGAAGAAUUAAUAAUACAAAAACAAGAUGAAAAAAUAGAACAAAAUUAUCAAGAUAGUUUAAAUAUCGAAGAGAGUAAAAAAUCAUUCGACGAUAUUGAUAAUGAUACUUAUAAUUGGGAUGAAAAAAAUAAUUUAUCAACAACUGAUUCUGAAUCAGAAUCAGAAUUAAUUAUUGACUUAAAAAAAGAUAGCGAAGAAAAUAAAGAAGAAAUUUCUGAUGAUGAUGAGAAAGAUGAUAAAAUAAUAGAAAAUUCUGAACAAUCAAAAAAAGAAUGGAUUCCACUUGAAGAGGCUCUCAAUUUAUUAGAAAAAAAUGAUAAUCUUGAUGGUAUAACAAAGGAAAUGAAAAUUUUUGCCAAAGCAUCAAGAACAAAAGCAAUAAGAAGUGAAAGUGAAAGUUCUAAUAAUAAAUUUAAUAAAGAAUCUAAAGAAAAUCACAUUCCACAAGAUGAACAAGAAACACAAAAUGAUGAUUUAUCAGUACUACCGGAAAAACUUACAACAAAUGAAAAACCAGAAAAAGAAUCGGGAAAUCUUCCUCUUCAUGUAUUUCUUAGUAGAAAAGUACAAGAAUCAAAAAAACGUAAACAAUUACAACGUAAAAAUAAAAAAUUACAACAAGCAUCAAUGACAAAUUUUGAACCAAUAAGAAGACAACGUAAAUGUGCAAUUGGAAAACAAGGACUAUUAGCUGAAAUAAGUAGUUCCGAUGAUGAUGAGGAUUUUACAAAAAUUUCCCAUCGACGCUCUAAAGAAAAAUCAGAAAAUGAAAAAUCACGUAAACCAAAAAAAGAAUCAAAAGAAAAAAGAAAAGAAAGAUAUAUUGAAAAGAAACACGAGCAAAUGAUUGCUAAGGAACAAAAAGCAAUUGAAGAGGAAAUUUUACGUGAAUUGGGUAAAAAUAAAGAUGAAAUGAAAAAUUCUGAUAAUGAACAAUUGGAAAAUGAACAAGAAAAUAAUGAAAAGCAAAAUAAAAAGAAACAUCAAAAUAAAAAAAAUUCUCACACUGAUGAAAUUGAAGAGAAUGAAUCAUGUGAUUCUGAAGCGGAGAGAAAAUUGUCAAAAACAAAUCAAAAAUGUAAGAAAAAUAUAAAAAAAAAUAAAAGUAGACGUAAUUCAAUGUCAAGUAGUAAAGAUUCAAAAGAACGUAGAUUAUCAAGUAGUAAACGUGAUUCAGAUGAUGAAGAAUUGAGAACAACAAAAUCAUGGAAUAAAGUUGAUGACGAUGUUGGCGUGGCAAUUGGAAGAAGAAAACGUGCAGCAGCAAAUCAACUUUAUUAUUGGUCGAGUUCAAGUGAUGAGGAUGAAAUGAUUGAAACAACACCUAUAGCCGAAGAAGAAAAUGAUCGAUUAGAACAACAUGGUUGGAUUGUUGGUGAUUCGCAUAAAAAAAUGAUCACCAUGCUGGCAAUGGAAAAACAAUUAAAAGAAAAACGUCGUCGCAGUGAGGAUGAAUUUGAAUCCGGCAAGGGAAAAAGCAAAAAACACAGAAAUAGUACGUCUUGAUACGUAUUUCACGAUUAGAUUUCUUAAAAAAAUUUUUUAGCUAAAUUUUUUUUUAAUUUUAAUUCUAAAAAAGGAAGCGAAUUUUUCUUUAUUUUAAAUGAAUUUUUUUUUUUAUGGCUUGAAUUAUAAAAAAUGCCUUUCCGUAUUAAAUUUAAUUAUAACACAUUACUGCCACAAAAAUAAUUUUUUUUUUUUCAAAUUAGCAUAAAUUUCUAUUUUAAAUUAUCAGUUUGUAAUUAAUACAAAAAAAAAAGUAUGGAAAGAUGUAAAUAUUUGUUUUACGCAAUACGAUAGCGUAACCCCCUUCGAAUAAUAAUCGAUAGUUGAUAUGAAUACGAUUAUACGGUAAUAUGAUUAGACUGAAUAAAAAAAAUUAUAAACGAAAAUAAGAUCACGCAAAGGGCAGUUUUAGGACAAUACUAGUACAUUUUUUUUAAUGUUUAGUUUAUAUUUAAUUUAUAGGGAAAUUUUUUUGCAAAAGUAAUAUUUAAGAAAUCAAUUUAUAUAAAAAAAAAAAUCAAUUCCAAUGGACAUUGUAAAUAGGGGUCCAAUUCAAAAAUGCUUUUGCUAGCUUUUGUGAUUUCAUAACUAUAUAUAUACAACAUAUCUUAUGAAAAAAAAAAAAAAAUUGAAAAAAAUAUUUUCUUUUUUAUUUGGUGCAAAAAAAAAAAAUUCGUAUUUUGUUUGUGUUGUGACUAAUAAAGAUCUCAUUAUGUGUCACGAUUCAAAAAUGCCCGAUGCAUUAUAUGCUAUAUAUUGUUAAUGCGAAAAAAAAAAUCGUGAUCACUUCGUUUUUAAGCCUAUAGUGGGUGCACAUAAAUAGCGAGUACCUUCACAAAAAAAAAUUUGCAUAUUGAAUAAAUAUUAUAUAUAUAUAUAUUAUAUUAUAAACGUUAUAUGUAUAACAUAACGAUUAAUUAUAAUAUAGAUUUUAUUGUAAAUGUACUGCCAUAAUCAUAUUAUCAGAAUGAAAGCCUAUUAAAUAGUUAUAUUAUUAUUUCUGUAAAGACGAGAGUGUUUAGCACAAAAGUAGAAAUAUCCAGUGUAAAUAGUACAUAUUUUCAAUGUGUCUGGAAAAGUAUGUUUUGUAAUAUAAGCAUUGCGAAGGAAAAUAAAAUUAAUAAUUAAGAAAAAAAAAGAAAA